AUGUUCUUCUCUCAACCCAGAGAACGCACCUCAUUCCGAGACCUUACAACAUUGUGCAUGAAGGAUCACACACCAUCUGAUGGAAUUCAUGUUGAGAUUGUUAGAAUUGAACUGAAAGGAAGAACUUACAACAUUGUGUAUGAAGGAUUACACACCAUCUGCUUCAAUUGUGGGCGUUCUGGUUACAAAGCAGAUGAUUGUGCUCUGAGGCUCCACUCCGCUAGCUUCGUUCAGUCUGAGAAGGACAGCCAUGGAGAUCGUGACGCAGGCAUGAACAAAGAGACAAAUUUGCCAGCUGACAGAAAUGACAAAUCUGAAUUUGGACGAAGGAACAGAUCUUCGACUCUUCAGGAAUUUCAGUCUGAUCCGAAUGCCUCUGCCACACCUCCCACGCCAUUGAACACGGGUACUGGAGAAUUUGUUUUUGUGGAAGGGACAACUCACGGCCAGGACACAAACUCUCGGCCCAAAUCCAAAGGAAAGGCCACAGGCUCUUCAAGAGGGCCUCAAACGGUGGCCAAGUUUAAGACCACCUUUCCUGAAACUGAGCCCACUUCUCUCCAGCCCACAAAUGCCUCUCGAAGCCACUUACCCAAAACAAAAGAAAACCCACCCUCCAAUUACCCAUAUAUCCACCCCAAGCCCAGUUAA